AUGUUAAAUGGAAUUAUCCCAUUCCAGUUAAACAAAACAGGGUUUCUCUUUACCCAGAUACGUACUGCUACUAAGAAAGCAGCAGGUUCUCGUACAUCGAUGAAGGAUUCUGCCGGUCGUAGACUGGGUCCAAAGAAAUACAACGGACAAGAAGUAAAAACUGGACAGAUUCUAAUGCGUCAACGUGGCACAAAAUUCUUCCCAGGUGAAUAUGUUGGUAUCGGGAAGGACCAUACCUUAUUUGCUUUGGAACCUGGUUUCGUUAGAUAUUACUUGGAUCCAUUCCAUCCAAAGAGGAAGUUUAUAGGUAUUGCGUUGAAUAAAGAUGCAACUCUACCUACUAGCCACUUUGAGCCUACUCCAAGGAGAUUUGGUCAUACCUUACUAGAUAAUUCAAAGGCGGCACAAAAAGAAGAGGGAGCACUACCUAGAAAGGAAUACCUGGCAUCUGAAAGUAUAAAAGCUGAAAUGGAAAACCGUACUGAAAAGAGAGCAGCCUUAAAAAAGAGUUAUCAAAAAUUAUUGAAAAAGUUAGAAAUAAAGGUGGACGAUAUAAAUUUGGCUACUGACUAUCUUGUUCGUCUAAGAAGCUGUUUAAGAAAUGGAUUUUUAUUAGGAGAUGCGCAAUUCUAUUCGAAAAGAUAUAUAGAAAUGGAAUAUCAAUUGAAGGCUGAGAAAGAAGGUACCGAUAAGGAUGCAAGAGCUACCAAGUUACAAGAGAUUGAUUCUACAACAGCAUUGUUAAACUCGUCCGUAUCAUUUGGGAAUAAGUUUGAAUUGGGAGCAUUUAUGACGGAAGGUGAUAAAACAGAUGCCAGAGAGAACUUAGUCAAAGCACUAGAUGAAGUUCACAACAAUUUAACUACAAAGAAAGACGUAAAAAAAUUGAAAGAUUUAUUUAAGGACGCUAGUAAAUUUUUGACGUUAUCAGAUGAAGUUCACUUACGUAGAGUAUAUUUGAAACCAGUUCUUUCGGAAGAAGUAAGUAAAGUUGAACAAGUUCAAACAGAUGAAAAGAGUAAAACUAAGAGUAAGAGUAAAAACGUGGUAUUCAAGAGAUUUAACUAUGAUACAUCCAAGGUUGAUGUCAUCACCAGGGAUAAAAAAGCUUUCCUAAGCAAAUUGUGA